ACUUUUUAUCAUAUUUUUCAGGCUAAACUUAACAUGGGUUUUCUGGACAAACUUUCAUCGAUAUUUGGUGUAAAGAAAAGGGAAGCUAGUAUAUUAUGUCUGGGUUUGGACAAUUCUGGUAAAACAACGAUCAUUAACAAGUUGAAACCAGAUAAAUCUCAAACAACAGAUAUAGUGCCAACAGUUGGAUUUACAGUUGAGAAAGUUCAGAUGCCUGGACUUGCUUUUACUGUUUUUGAUAUGUCUGGUCAAGGCAAAUAUCGUAAUCUCUGGGAGUACUACUACAAGGAUGCGCAGGCCAUUAUAUUUGUCAUUGACAGUAGUGAUAAAUUUCGCAUUGUAGUUGCAAAAGAAGAAUUAGACACAUUACUCAGUCACAAUGAUCUCAGAGGAAAGCGAAUACCUGUCUUGUUUUUUGCCAACAAGAUGGAUAUGCGAGACUCGCUGACACCAGUACAAGUGUCAAAUUUGCUAAAACUUGAUGAGAUAAAAGACAAAGCCUGGAAUAUAUGUGCAAGUAACGCAAUCACAGGAGAAGGUCUACACACAGGCGUGGAGUGGUUAACCGAGCAGCUGCAAAUGAAAUAAAAAAGAGUUUUCUUCUAAAUAAGAUGCAUUAUGUGAGCCUGACGAAUUGAAUUUGGUUUUUAGUAAAUUAUCAUGGUCGUUGAAUGUUAUAUUUUUGACUUCUUUUAGUUUCUGUUUAACUGUUUGACAAAAAGGGAAAGACCUGAAGUUUCAAGAAUCCUGAUGUAAAUUCUUAGCAGUUUUUUAAAAUUUUAUUUUGUUAUGUAAUUUGAUGCACAGAAGUAGAUGUGCCAUCACUGCAAUAAGGAGGGUGUCUGCCAGACUCCAGAUCAUUGAAAAUUUGAAAACCUUGAUAACAGACUAGGGGACCUUAAAAACCUUGAAUGUCUAUCAAACUCUGGAAAAAACUUGAAAUAUAAACAUUUCCAAUAACAAUUUUUUUUUCUAGUUAUAAAACUUUGUCUAGCAGUAAUGUUGUGCUUGCUUGUUUUAAAUAAUUAACUUCCAAUAAGUGCAGGGAUUUAGCGCUGUCAUUACUUGAAUGUGUACCUAUUGUGUGUGCUUAGGAACCUUAAAAAUAUCACAAAAAUUUAUAAACCGUGAAAUUGCUUGAAAAUUUUGCCAAACACCCUGAUAAUGUAUUUUUGCCUGUUUCUGUCAAUGUAACAGGUGGAUUUUUCACAUGUUACAUUAUGUAUGUACUCUCAAUGUUGGUAAAACGCGACAUAAGUGUUAGCAUCCAAGCAAAUUUUUAUUAAAAACACUAUUUGACGAAACGUCAAUAUCAUGUAAAUAUGCGCAUGGCUGUUUAUUUAUUUAUUUGUUUUUUUAUCUAUUGCAAAUUCAGUGGAAUAUAUAUACAUGAUUUAAAUAGUGGUAUUACAUUUACA